AAACGCUGCUAUGUUCCUGACCCCCAGGAUGAUUUAUUGAAAGAUUUGCUGUGUUUGUUUGUCGUAGGUGUGGGCAAGAGCAGUUUGCUGUUGCGUUUUGCAGAUAAUACCUUCUCAGGCAGCUACAUUACCACCAUUGGAGUGGAUUUUAAAAUCCGGACAGUUGAGAUCAAUGGAGAGAAGGUGAAACUGCAGAUCUGGGACACAGCUGGCCAAGAACGCUUCCGGACUAUUACAUCAACGUAUUACAGAGGAACACACGGGGUCAUCGUUGUCUACGACGUAACGAGCGCAGAAUCUUUUGUGAAUGUAAAACGGUGGUUGCAUGAAAUUAAUCAAAACUGUGAUGAUGUCUGCAGGAUACUAGUGGGCAAUAAGAAUGAUGACCCAGACCGAAAAGUGGUAGAAACAGAAGAUGCCUAUAAAUUUGCUGGGCAGAUGGAGAUCCAAUUGUUUGAGACCAGCGCCAAAGAAAAUAUUAAUGUGGAAGAGAUGUUUAAUUGCAUUACAGAGCUUGUCCUGCGAGCAAAGAAAGAAAACUUAGCAAAGCAGCAACAGCAGCAACAGAACGAUGUGGUGAAGCUAACGAAGAACAGUAAAAGGAAGAAGAGGUGCUGCUAAUGGCCCUUCCCUGCUGCAGAGACUCUGCUCUCAGACAGAUCAGCCCCUCCAGCUAGACUCGGGCAAUUCCACUGGGGCAGGCUUUGGGAGGACUUGCUCAGUUUUGUGCCGUUAUUUAAAGAUUAUUUUUUCUCCGUGUUUUCUAUCAAGAGGCGCUGGCACCUUACCACUGCAGUGCCAAGAAGGUGUGGGAUGGAAUCUUGCCCCCCUCUCCUCCCCUGCUCAUUCCAGUGCGCCUUGUAGACAAGAAGGACGUUGCCUACCAAGUGGACUAAUUAACCCAAGAGUUUGUAUAUAAUGUAUAUUGCUUUAACCAGCCUCGCCUCCCUGUUGUUGCUUUGGCUUCUGCCUUCUUAAUGUCAAGCAAUCAUGGACUGCAGAGUUCAUCUUUUUAAAGAAAAAGUUUAAAAGUUCUUAAUUUGAGUUGGCCCCAGGCUGGCAGCAACUGCUUUCUGGGGCCUCCAGCUGCAUUUCUGUUGGGCUCCAGGCUGGCAACUGGUGCCCCUGGGGCCCCCGGCUUCUCCUGGAGUCCCAGGCUUUUCCUGGGGCUCAGGCUGUGUUUUUCUAGGUACCAGGAUUGCAGGGGUCGCUGCUGGAGCCUGGGGUUUCAUUUCACCAGCCCCUGGGCUGGCAGCUGGAGCUGCUUCUGGGGCCUGGAAUUUCAGCUUGCCAUCAUCCAAUUUGUGGCUGCAUCCUUGGGUUUCACCUCCUUGUGCUGCAGCCCAGCUGUACCUGUGCUCUCCUGUAGUUUGUAUCAAGAUACUGGAACACAAACUGACCUGCAGAAGUGGGAUUUG